GAAUUACUCUUAUCAUCCACUCAUCGGUAAAUUAAGAAAAAGAGAACAUUAAGAUGUCAUCUUCUAAAGCAUCUUACAUGUUUGUCGCUCUCAUUCUUCUCGUUCUUGUGCUUGCCGAUAUGGAUAAAGCCCUGGGUGAACAAAUUCAGCUUCGCAACCGCAAACUUAGCAGGCUUAUUCCUAAGGGUUGGUUCUCAGCUAACCAGAAGAAGCUGCCGGCAUGGAUGAAAAAGGGCCAGGACUUAAUGGGCGCUAUACCUCCACCCCCUCCAUCGCCGUUAUGCAACAUUAAUGACGACGUAUGUAAGAGGAAGUUGAAAAAGGCCUAUGACUUGUUGAAGGCAAAAUCCCCUCCAUCGCCUUAAAGGUCUUCCAAAGGCAAAAACAUAUGAUUCCACAAAUUUCUUGAUGAAAAAAUAUUUUCACAAGUUGUCACCAUAAAUGUAAUUCUGGAAAUUUCUUGCAAAAUAAAAGAUAUUAUGCCACUUGGGAUGAUGGUAUGAUAUGAUAUGUUGUUACAAGUUUUAAGCUAUUGUAGAACUGUUUUAUUUUAAUUUUCUUAUAAAUUAUAUAAUCCCUAUGCAUC